UUGAAUGGAAUUGAAUUUAAAUUAAUUCUAACAGUGACAAUUUUUUAACAGUUAUUGUGAGAUAAAACAGCUGUACUUUGAGUAACGUAGUAAAAAUGGAUGAUAAGAUUUCUGUAACAUUUCAACAUAAUCGUGGUUUUGUCUACGAUGUAGAAGAUUACAUCAAACUUCGUUCCACGCACCGCAUCGUUGGUAGUCUGAUAGGAACACCGGUAUCCAAACCACGAAGCGCCAGUAGCUUUGGGCUUCCGGCUGUGCUAACUCCACUGGAGAUCAGAUUGGCACUCGACGAAGGAUUGAUAGAACUGAUUGAUAAGGAGGCGCAGCUGACUCGGUGUCCAAGCGAAGAGGCCAAACAACAGUUUGCCCGUUUGAGCCAGAAACAGAUCGACGAACAGAGACAACCCGUUGUUGAAAAGAGACUUCGGGAGUUCAAACAGUAUUUGCCUAAAAUCAUCGAGGGAAAACGCAAAAAGCUGCUCAAAAGUGGAGUUAAGGAAGAAGAUAUUACAAUUAAUGAGGAACAACUAUUAAAGGAAGAAAAUCACAAACUGGCAACAAUGGAAAUCGACAGGUUAAUUCAAAUCCCGCAGGAGUACCCUCUUAAGACUGAAUGCACUUAUGUUAAUUAUAACCUUCCCGAGUGCGACCGCCUGAAAUACAAAAUAUUCAGGGAUCUCUGGAAAACUCGUCCGGUGUUCAUAACCGGAGGCGAUUCGUUUGGAUGCGAUUUUCUUCUCUAUCCGGGGGAUCCGCUCUACUACCAUGCUUCCCACGUGGUUCAUGUUCUGGCAAAUGCUGCACAACGAUUGGACGCAAAAUAUCUCAUCCGAUGUUGCCGACUGGCGGUGGUGGUGAAUAAAGUUUGCAUAUUUGCCUAUGAAGAAGGGCCAGGUGGAGAAAUCCGAUACCAAACCAUGGAAUGGGAGGGCAAUGUAGCAGCAGAAGAGCUUUGAGGUAAAGGAAGGGACGAAGUGAGCUCCAUCACAUCAUUUCACUGUAAAUUACUUUAAUAAGGCAUGAGGUCAUCCUCGAGUUCAUCCUAUUUCGAAAAUAUACGAUGCUUAAUGAUUGUAUCCCUUUAGGGAUGAUGAAAAUGGGAGCACUUUGCUUAAAAUGCUUAAUGAUUGUAUCCCUUUAGGGAUGAUGAAAAUGGGAGCACUUUGCUUAAACUGAAUUCCAUUCCCCUAUAAGAACUGUAGUUAAGUAGAAAUUUGUUGUAGGUUCUCAAAUUAUUUAAUGCAACACAUGACCAAUUUCUGAACUAAGCACAUGUUUUCUGUGAGAAAUGUACAUAUGUCGAUCAAGUUUGUGAUGAUACUGUCUGGGAGUGAUUCAUCUGUAUAGUGUCUGAGGUAGAAACGAGUGGACAGAAUAUGUAUAUACCUAGGAGUUCAGAAUAUAUACUAGGAGUUUAUCCAAGAAUUGCUCUAGGAGUUCUGUAAUUCUGUAAUCUCAACGCACCCUCUGGCCCCGAUCUGGCCGAUCUGCGCUUUAACCCCCGCUGAGCGAUACGUCUACCGGACGGAGUACGACGAUGUUACAAACUCUGGACUUAAUAAAAAGUGAUUUUCUAA